AUGAGCCACAUCUACGGCAGCCACCUCUCCCCCCUGGGCAGCCCCUCCAUGGUCUAUCUCCCCGCCGCCCUGGGCUUCGCCCCCAGCGGUGCGAUCUCCCGGCAGGACCCCCCGCAGAAACCCCCAUACAGCUACAUCGCCCUCAUCGCCAUGGCCAUCAAAGAAGCUCCGGAGCAGAAGGUGACCCUCAGCGGCAUCUACCAGUUCAUCAUGGACCGUUUCCCCUUCUAUCACGACAACAAGCAGGGAUGGCAGAACAGCAUCCGCCACAACCUCUCCCUCAACGACUGCUUCGUCAAGGUGCCGCGGGAGAAGGGACGGCCGGGCAAGGGCAGCUACUGGACCCUGGACCCCCGGUGCUUGGACAUGUUCGAGAACGGCAACUACCGCCGGAGGAAGAGGAAGCCCAAAGCCCCGGGGCCACAGGAGGCGAAGGGCGGCGCAGCCACCCCGGACGGCGAACAGCCGGGGCCGGCCGCUCGCCCCGAUGAACCCAAAAGGGCCAAGGGGAGCGCAGAGGCGGACUCGGCCGACGAGGGGAUCCCUAGGCCGGGCGGGGGGGAAGCGGGUCCCCCCGGGGGUCCCCCCCGCUGCGGCGGCGCCCCGGCCCCCGCUGCCCCCCGGCCGCCCGCCCCCGCCGCCGCCCCGCCGCACAAGAGCGGCCCGAGGGGCCGCAGCUUCAGCAUCGAGAGCAUCCUCGCCCAGGGGCUGAGGCAGCAGCCCCCCGGGACAGCCCCCAAAGCGGCCAGGGAGACCCCGGUCGGUAGCCUCGGUGGCUCCUUAGUCGCCAGCGGUGGCUUCGGCCCGGCUCUCAAUGCCUCCCUCAUGCUCGAUUCCCAGGUGCACGGGAGACUUUACCACAUCGGCAUUCCCUUCCUCUCCUGCUUCCCUCUCCACUUCUCCGAGGCGGUAUUUAAUUUUCAGUAGUUGCCCCAUAAUUAAUCUAUCCCUUCUCGUGCCUCCCCCUGCGCCCCGGUCGCUGCUCCGGGGGGUGCGAUGGGAGGGAGAGACCGGACUCAGAACUCACCAAGCGGGUAAAGACCAAAAAAAACCAAACCAAAAAAAGCGAUGUUAAAGGUGACUCAGGAUUUCAGGGCAUUUUCAAGGCACAUCUUGCUGCGGAGCUCUCGUUAGCGGUUGCCUCCCACCUCCCCUGCCAGAUCGACUUUUAAAGGUAAAACGGUUUUCUUUUCCCCUGGUUGGAGGAGGCACAGAGGCAGCGAGGGUGUCCCACGCUGGCCUCCAAGCACCGUCGGGUUUGCUCUGCACCUUUAGUCUUUGCAUCCCUCAUGUUUCUUAGACCUGGUUUCUGCCAAGCCCUUCGUGUGUCCAGUUUUAUCUCUCUUCUUUUUUUUUUUUUUUUUUUUUUUAAUUUAAUUUUAUUUUGAAAACCAAAACGCCCCCUUCCAUUCCUGGGGAGGAGGCUGAGACUUGUUUUGCCAUUAAUACCCACGGGUGCCUGCACAUAAUAAUUCCUGAUAUUGCUCUGUUGGCCCAGUCCUCCGAGUGGGUAAAAGGCAGGUAUUGGAACUGAAUUAAGGGCAGACCAAAAACUCCAGCCUCAAUUUUGCACAAUCCUCCUUGCUUUGACUCAGCACCAUGUAUAACUCAUGGCACUAACACAAGCUGCUUUCCUGCCUCACACUUGUGCUUCUCAUGUAUCGCGAUAGUGUUUCUGUCUCACUGAUGUGGUCAGAAAGAGGGGGAUGGACGAGCAAACACGCUGUGAAUGUGGAGAUGUGGCCGAUUUCCAUGUCUUGCUGGGAUCAGUUGCUUCUGCCCAAAAAAGACUGAGGCAGAGUUGUGGAGGCUGGUCUUGUUUUUUUGAAGGAGCUGUGUUAACAACCCUGACAACUAACAGGAAAAAAAUGAAAAAAAAAUACAUCAGCUGUGUUUAUAAUGUUCUCUUUUUUCUUAAAGAAGGAAGAAUCCAGACACAUUACAAGCAAUCAGGAAUAUUUUUUCUUUUUUUUUGGUCCUAAAUAGAGGCUUUUUGUAUAUUAGUGGAUAAAUGUCAUUUUAGAAUAAAAAGAUCUAUAUUCUCGAUUUUCAUUAUGAAACCAAACCUAUAUCCAAUAAAAGUAUUUUGUUCAGGA